AAGUUACUUGAAAGCUUCCGCAGCGUCAGCCAGUAUGGCGGCCAGCGGUGCCGGGGUGACGGUGUUGGCUCCCAAUGGAAGGCGGCAGGUGGUGAAAGUGACAGCCGGGACCCCUCUGUUACAGGUGCUGGAAGAAGUCUGCAAGAAACAGAAUUUCAACCCCAGAGAGUAUAACCUAAAGUUUCAGAGGACCGUGCUGGAUCUUUCUCUUCAAUGGCGAUUCGCGAACCUUCCGAACAAUGCCAAACUGGAGAUGGUGAGCUGCUCGUUCCAGCGUGCCGGAGCAGAUUGUUCGAAGGUUCGGGUAGCCUUGCAGUUGGAAGAUGGGGCCAGGCUGCAAGAUGAAUUUCCGUGCACCAAGACUCUCUGGGAUAUCCUGGUCUCUUUCCCGCAAACUAAGGUGUGUUUGGACGAGGUUCCUCCUGGAAACGUCGCCGUAUGCAUUUAUAUGCGGGAUGAGGUAUCUGGUGAAUCACUUCUGAAGCAAACCUCUCUUCAAUCUUUGGGACUCACAGGUGGAAGUGCCAUAAUCAGGUUUGUAGUGAGGAAGAUUGACUCACCUGUAAGCGGACAACCACCAAGCACAGAGGCGGGCACAAAAAAACAGACGGAUUCUGGCCUCAAAGAAGAGUCCAGAGGUCCUCCAGCAACAGAAGAUGUGAAGAAAGAGCCUGUUGCCUGCCAGGAAGAGAGGUUGUCCAUUAAGGCCACAGAAAGAAAAGAACCUAAAGAAGUUGUAACCCCUCAAGCAGCAGUUCCCUGUGUGGAGAAAGCACAGUCCAGUGUGGACAGUGUAAAGCCAAAAGCUUUUGCUUCUGCUCCUGUUCCCGCUAUUGUUCCUGCUCCUGCUCAGGCUCAAGUGACUUCCUUUGUUCCAUUCCAAGGUGGAGGCCAUCGUCUAGGUGGUGCCAACGUUCCUUCAGCUUCAUUCGAAGAUGACCUACCAUGUGCCACUGCUCAAGAACCUUUACACAGUCCAGAACAUUCUAAGCCAAAGAAGUCAAAGACUGAUAAUGAGUCAAAGUCUCUAGACAGAGAGCCCAUUGUGUGCCACCUGGAUUUGGAGCAGGACGUACGUGCCAAUAAUAAGGAUCUACCUGAUGAUUUUUUUGAGGUCACUGUAGAUGAUGUGAGAAGAAGGUUUGCGGAACUCAAAAAUGUAAGACAUCGUCUGGAGGAAGCCCCGCUAAUGACUAAAGCUUUAAGGGAAACACAACUGAAGGAAAAAGUGGAGAGAUACCCAAAGGUUGUCCUUCGAGUUCUUUUCCCAGAUCGGUUCAUCUUGCAGGGAUUUUUUCGAGUUACAGAAACCAUUGGAGCUGUGAGGGAGUUUGUCCAGAGCCACCUGCAAGAACCUGAGAUUCCAUUUUAUCUGUUUAUCACGCCCCCACGAACAGAGCUGAAGGACGACUCAGAGACUCUCUUCCAGGCACGCCUUUUCCCAGCUACUGUUGUUCAUUUUGGGUCACCGGAGCAAAGGGAUCAUUAUUUGCAACAUUAUCUACUGACAGAACCAAGGUCUCCUUCUCAAGCAGAUUUGGUGGUCGCCAGGGCAAUGCCACGUUUCCCAGGAUCAAGCACUGCUCCCAUCCCGGAGGACCUCCCAGGACCCAGCUCACAAGUGUCUCAGCGAGCACCAGAGAAUUACGAAGACGAGUUUGGGAUUCCUGACUCCAAUCAGCAAGUUCAAAGAGAUGCCAGCAAAGUCCCCAAAUGGCUUAAACUGCCAGGAAAGAAAUAAGUGGAGUUCCUCUGCUCUUGCAAAGAAUUUCUCUCUGACACUAAGCACCACGUCUGGAAACCAGCCACUGUGGGGCGUCGAUUGAUGGAGAGGCUUCGCCAGUCUUCUGCGGAUGAGCGCAUACAAAUGGGAUUUACAUACUACAAAUGUUUACCAUUUACUGCUUCAGCUGUGCUGAAGGUGGUAAGCGUACAAAAGCUGUCUGUGCGUUAUUAAACUAAUUAAUGAUUUA